CCGUCUUCACCACCUGGCUUUUCAUCUCCUGUUCCUACUACAACCCAGAGAGUGGUUGAAGUGCUGUCAUGAGUCGUGGUACAAUUACCCGUGGUGGACAGAAGAGGUUCUGUGGGGAAAGUAAGUCAGAGGAUAGUGGAUUGGGUGAGAAGGGUGUCAAGACCCAGGGUGAAGAAGAGGAUGUGACUUACUUGCAAAAAGGAAAGUCAGAGGAUUGUGGAUUCGGUGAGAAGAGUGUGGAGACCCAGCAUAAAGAAGAGGAGGUGAGUUCCUUGGAAAAAGGAAAGUCAGAGGAUAGCGGAUUGAUUGAGAAGAGUGUGGAGACCCAGCAGGAAGAAGAGGAGGUGAGUUCCUUGCAAAAAGGAAAGUCAGAGGAUAGUGAUUUGGGUGAGAAAAGUGUGCCAACCCCACGUGAGAAUGAGGAGGAAAGGUUCUCAGAGAAAGUAAACUCAGGGGAUAGUGGAUCAUAUGAGUGGGGAUCGAUGCACACAGAUGAAGUAGAGCAGGAACCCACGGUGACAUCUUUCUGAGGCCCAAAAAAGAUGGUGAGAGUGCUAUCAGUCUGGUCAUUGUGUUGUAGUGGUUCUGAAUCACAUUUCCUGGGUGCAUCAUUGGCUAUAGCAGAUGUUUUCUUUAAGCUGGGACUUGGCAUAACAGAGUAACGGAAUCCAAUUUAUUGUCAGAUUAUUAGGAAGUGGAGGCUCUUAAGUGUUGUUGGUGUGCAUGUGGCUUAACUCACAUCUAAUUAAAACAUAAAAGCUUAAAUCUUGAGGGACUGUUACGGCCUCUGGCCUCAGGUGGCCCCGCCUUCCUCCAUGCAAAUCACAGUGUUUCAGGACUCACGGGGGAUUGGCUGGCCCCGGACCUAUGCCCGCCUCAACUACAUGCAGAUUAGAGUGUGCCAGACCACUCACACCAUUGGCUGCUGCAGGAGCCUUGAACACAACGGACCAAUGACACGGCUGCCUGCAUUUACUGGGGAAUACAAAAGGCUGGAGGUCCUUCACUCAGUGGCAGCUGCUUAGGACUGAACAUGCAGUUUGCCCUUCGUGCCUCUCUCGUCAACCUUUGUUGAACUUGUUCAUAUUUCUGAACUUUGUUAAACCCUGGUGUAUGCUUGAACUUAGCCUGACUAGAGCUUUGAGCUGCUAGCUGGCUGUGAGUAGAAUAUUGUGAUGCUGGCUCGCCUUAGUUUACUCUUAGCGUAUAUUUUGUGUGCCGCCAGCUUGCCUUAGUUAACCUUUAGCUUUUACUCUUGUCUUUUCUUUUGUCUUUAUAUAAUAAUUGUUUGCCCAGCGGUCUGUUGAACAGCCCUGUCGGUUUUCUGUUUAAAGUUUGUUAUUAAAACCCUUCUUUACUCA